UGCUUGCAGCCAAUGGGAGAGGGAGGCAGGGUUCAAGAGGGGGCAUUGACGUGGCCACGUUCCACUCGGGGCAGGAACGGCGAGCAAAGCAGCAGCAGCAGAGGCAGAAUUCAAGUUUCUUGCAAAAGAAUCUUAAAGUCGGGUGAUCAGCAGAAAUGGCGGCCCUGUACCCUGCGCUCACCCCUGAGCAGAAGAAGGAGCUGGCGGAGAUUGCACAGCGCAUCGUCUCGAACGGGAAAGGAAUCCUCGCCGCUGAUGAGUCCACCGGCACCAUGGGCAAGCGACUCUCGGCCAUAAAGGUGGAGAACGUGGAGGAGAACCGCCGCGUCUACCGGCAGCUGCUGUUCAGCAGCGACCCCAGCGUGACCAAGGCCAUCGGCGGCAUCAUCUUCUACGAGGAGACGCUCUACCAGAAGACGGACGACGGCACGCCCUUCGUCAAGCUCAUCAAGGACCGUGGCAUCGUCGUGGGGAUCAAGGUUGACAAGGGCACCGUGCCCCUGGCAGGCACCGAUGGGGAAAGCACCACGCAGGGCCUAGACGGGCUGGCAGAGCGCUGCGCCCGCUACAAGAAGGACGGCGCCGACUUCGCCAAGUGGCGCUGCGUGCUCAAGAUCUCCAAGAACACGCCCUCGGCACUCGCCAUCGCCGAGAACGCCAACGUGCUGGCACGCUACGCCAGCAUCUGCCAGCAGAAUGGACUGGUGCCGAUCGUGGAGCCUGAGAUCCUCCCCGAUGGAGACCACGACCUCAAGACGUGCCAGUACGUCACCGAGAAGGUCUUGGCAGCCACCUACAAGGCGCUGAGCGACCACCACGUGUACCUGGAGGGCAGCUUGCUCAAGCCAAACAUGGUGACGGCUGGCCAGGCUUCCAAGAUCCGCUGUUCACCACAGGAGGUCGCCAUGGCAACUGUCACUGCACUCCGUCGCACUGUGCCCAGCGCGGUGCCUGGCAUCACCUUCCUGUCGGGUGGGCAGAGUGAAGAGGAUGCCUCGCUCAACCUCAAUGCCAUCAAUCAGGUGCCUCUGGAACGGCCGUGGGCCCUGAGCUUCUCGUACGGCCGAGCUCUGCAGGCCUCCGUGCUCAAGGCCUGGGCCGGAGCUCCUGCAAACAUCCCCGCUGCCAAGAAGGAGUUUGAGAAGCGCGCCGCCAUUAACGGGUUGGCUGCCCAGGGCAAGUACGUCCCUGCCGGAUCAUCUGGCAGUGCUGCAUCGGAAUCUCUCUUCAUCGCAAACCACAACUAUUGAGUUUGCAAGCUUCAUCCAGGAGAGAAAAAAAAAACAUAGGAUUGAUUGUAAAAGGGCCAAAUAAAAAUAACGUUUAUUGUCGAAGCACACUUGCAGUGUCGGUUAAAAAGGUGUAGCUGUUAAAGAAAUUGUUGUGUUCACUUUGGUAAGGUAGAAAUGGGAGGUGCAGUAAAAUAAAAAGGCAGUGGCUUCUGAAUUCUGAGCUUGAGGAAGAGCCAAUUUGAGCAGGUGUUCGUGAUAGCUGUGUGCCAAUUAAUGCAUUCGAGUAACACUUGUCUUGUGAAAAGUCUUUGUGGGUUGCUAACGCAAGUGCAGAUUAUCUUUUUACGAGAGGGUAUCAUAUACUUGAUUGUUUUUCUAUUGUGAAGUGAUUUGUUUAAAUUAAAGAUCCUUCAUAUGCACUCAUCCAGAAGAGAUUCCUGCUUGUGGAAUAGAUUUUUGCGGUUCUCACUAAUUGAACUAUUGUUAUUCAGUUAUUACAUUCUUAACCAAUGUGAACGAAACUCCUCUAUGUUGUGAACUCUUCAGAAAUGCUCAUUUGGGAAAUGCUGCUGUGGGUUUUUGAAGUGGGAAGGCGGCUCGCCCCUCGGUAUUGCUUGGGCUGUGAAUUUGUUGUGCAGGUGCAAAUUGUCCUCGACGGAUGCCUUUGUUUUUGUGCUGGACUGCGAAGCUCUGUCCUCUGCUGCUGCUCGUCAAUAAAACCAAUUAUGACGCAGA